AUGGCCCUGACAUUCAUCAACGCAUCCUGUCAUUGCAAUCUUAACGCCUUCAAGGUUCCGUUCGCAACUUCAAAGCUCCCCAUCGCAAGUGAACUCUGCCAUUGCAACAUAUGCCGACACUCAACCGGAACAAUGGCCGUACAUACUGUCCCAAUAGAUGGUGCACCUUUGUCCGCCGAGAGCAAGCCUGGAGAAUUGAUGUUGGUCGUUGCUGACCUGUCAAAAUUGAAGACAUACACAGCGCAGGACAAGAUUACACGUUAUUUCUGUUCGGUGUGCUUCACGCACCUCUUCCAUGAAAUUAAAGAGGCUACCUCAGGAAAUACUCUAUGGGCCGUGUAUACUGGAACCCUGGAGCGCGUUGAAGGCAUUGUAAAUGUCGGCCACCAUACGUUUGUAGCAGAAACUGGGGAUGGAGGACUCGCAGACCACUAUCUCGCAUCCUUGGGAAAGAAACUUCCGAGGUACGCACAGGAAGCCGGUACUGAGGAGGUUGUCCAUAACUGGAGGUCCGACACUAUCCUCAAGAAAGAAAGCAACACCAAUGGAGUCAUCGCGCAUUGUCAUUGCAAGAACGUUACCGUUCAUCUUGUGCCGUUGAGCAAGGAAGACGCGCAGGACCCCAGUAAGUGGUGGGCCGUUCCUCCAAGGAACCCUGAAGACCCAUCUUCGCAUGUACGGUUCAUGUGUGGCCACUGCUUCUGUUCCAGCUGCAGGCGUUCGAAUGGGGCCCAUAUUUCGACAUAUAUCCUCCUCCCCAUGGGAAACGUCGAAGUCCUUGAUAAAAUCACAAACGAGUUCGUCCCAAUCUCUUUGAGAGAAAGCAUCCCCAGCACAUCUAUAGGGUUAAAGAGAUACGAGAGCUCCCCUCUGGUAUUCCGUGAAUACUGCGAAAAAUGCGGUGCGAAUGUUUUGUAUUGGACCAUCGAUCCCAAAAGAAAUCACAUACCCCCGCCGACAGACGGUAAACCGAGUAUCAUUAACAUUGCCGUGGGUUUGAUUGACCAAGAAGACAACGGUGCCAGGGCUGAGGAUUGGGUCUACUGGGCUGAGUACGUAGUGCGUCCUGAGGAAGCCAUAGACAAGGCAGGAAUGGAGGCGGUAAAAGAAGGCGUAUUGGCAAGCACCAAAUCUGCGUCCAUCGUUAUGUAG